AUGGCUAUCGAAAGUGUUGGUGGAUCCGUUAUAUCUAAGAUAACAGAACUCUCGGUGGAACCAGCAAUAAGGCAAUUCCGUUAUAUGUUCUGUUUCAACAAUUUUCUUCAAGAAUUCAAUGAACAAAAGCAGAACCUGACAUUGGCACUAGAUCGUCUGCAAAAUGCUGCCAAAGUUGCUGAAAGGAAUUCUGAAGAAAUCGAGAAAGAUGUCAACAAGUGGCUGGAAGAUGCAAACAAAGAAAUUGAAGAUGUGAAGCGUUUCGAAGAUGAAAUAGGAAAAAAUGGCAAAUGCUUUACUUGGUGUCCGUAUUGGAUGCGACAAUACAAGCUAAGCAAGGCAUUGGCAAAGAAGAAAGAGACUUUCAGUAAACUCGAAGAGAAAAGCAAAAAUUUUCCAACGUUGUCCCACAAAGCUCCUCUUCCAGAUAUAGAAUUUCUUCCAAGAAAGGAUUUUACACCUUCAGAAUCGUCAAAAGAAGCUUUCAAACAGAUUAUGGAAGCGCUCAAAGGCAACAACAUCAAUAUGAUCGGACUGUACGGAAUGGGAGGGGUGGGUAAAACCACCCUGGUGAAAGAAGCAGGCAGGAGAGUCAAAGAAUUGCAGCUUUUUGAUCAAGUUUUGAUGGUAGCAGUGUCCCAGCAUCCAAAUGUCACCAACAUUCAGGAUCAAAUGGCAGAUAGUCUGGGUCUGAAGUUUGAACAACAGAGCACAGAAGGGAGAGCAAAACAAGUAUGGCAAAGAUUACAGAAAGAGAAGAAGAUGCUUAUCAUCCUAGAUGAUGUUUGGACACAUAUUGACUUACGAGAGAUAGGGAUCGCAUAUGGAGAUGAUCACAUGGGUUGUAAAAUUCUUCUAACAACACGUCUUCAAACCGUAUGUUCUUCUAUGAAAUGCCAGCCAAAGGUGUUUUUAAGAGAGUUGUCUCAAAAUGAAGCAUGGGCUUUAUUCAAAACGAAAGCAGGUUUACGUGAUGAUAACUCUGCAUUGAACAAAGUGGCAAAGGAGGUUGCGAGAGAAUGCAAAGGCUUGCCUAUAGCACUCGUGACAGUGGGAAGGGCUCUCAGAGAUCAGCCUAAAUUUCAGUGGGAAGCAGCAUAUAAACAGCUCAAAAACUCUCAAUUGCUGAUGGAACAAGUUGACGAACAAGAAAAUGCAUAUGCAUGUCUUAAGUUGAGUUAUGAUUAUUUAAAGCUCAAGGAAACCAAGCUAUGUUUCUUACUAUGUUGUUUAUUUCCAGAAGAUUACGACAUUCCAAUUGAGGACUUGACGAGAUAUGGAGUUGUCUGUGGGCUACAUCGAGAUGCGGAGUCCAUUGAAGAUGCAAGGAAAAAAGUGUGUGUGGCUGUUAAAAACCUCAAGGAUUGUUGUAUGCUUUUGGGCACUGAAAUUGAAGAAUGUGUGAAAAUGCAUGACUUGGUUCGUGAUGUUGCUAUUCAAAUAGCAUCAUCAUCAAAUGAAUUUGAUUUCGUACUAAAGACUGGCACUGGGUUAAAGGAGUGGCCUGGGAGUUUUGAAAGCUUUGAAGAUUGCACAACUAUUUCGUUAAUGGGCAAUACACUGACAGAACUUCGUGAAGGACUGGUAUGUCCACAGCUCAAAGUUUUGUUAUUAGAAUUGGAUGAUUGCAUGGAUGUUCCAUGUAAGUUUUUUGAAGGGAUGAAAGCAUUGGAAGUUUUGUCUCUACAGGGAGGGUGUUUGUCAUUGGAAUCACUUGAAUGCUCAACGAACCUUCAAUCCCUGCAGUUUAUUGAGUGUGAAUGCGUGGACCUCAUUUCAUUGAGAAAGCUGCAAAGACUUAAGAUUCUUGGUUUUCUGAGCUGUGACACGAUUGAAGAAUUGCCUGAAGAAAUAGGGGAGCUCGAGAACUUAAGGUUGUUGGAUUUGAGAGGUUGUACGAUGCUAGAAAGGAUUCCUGUGAACUUGAUUGGAAGGUUGAAGAAGUUAGAAGAACUGUUGAUUGGGAAUGACAGCUUUAUGGAAUGGGGUGGGACAAGCAGUGAAGGAAUGAAUGCAAGCCUAACAGAACUAAAUUCAUUGUCUCAUCUUUCGGUAUUAUCGUUGAGGAUACCAGAGACUGAAUGCAUUCCCAGAGAUUUUGUUUUCCCCAAGUUGCUUAACUAUGAAAUCGUAAUAGGAUGGGAUAUAUGUUUAAGGUAUCCAACCUCGACAAGAUUGACUUUCGGUAAUAUCAGCGCCACAUCCCUAGAUGCAAAGACAUUUGAGCAGUUGUUCCCUAGUGUAUCUCAAUUUGAAUUGACGAGUGUGAAAGGCUUAAAAAAUAUAAUAUGGUCCACGCAUGAGCAGCAACAGGGGUUCUUACGGCAGUUAGAAUGUGUUGAUGUAAGUGAUUGUGGUGAUAUGUGUACUCUGUUUCCAGCAAAAUUGUGGCGACCUUUGAAAAAUCUAAGGAGUGUGCGUAUUCGACAGUGCGACAAAUUGGAAGAGGUAUUUGUAUUGGGUGAGGUUGAUCAAGUAAGCGAUGAGGAGAAGGUGCUGCUGCUGUCAUCUUUAACGGAGUUAGUAUUGGAAGAGUUACCUACUCUGCAGUGUAUAUGGAAGGGGCCUACCCGACAUGUAAGCCUCCAAAGUCUUAUUAAGCUGACAUUGAGGCAUCUCUUCAAACUCAAAUUCAUCUUCACACCGUCCCUGGCUCAGUGUCUACCACAACUAGAAACACUUCAGAUAGAAGAUUGUGGUGCAUUGGAGCAUAUUAUCACAAGUAAGGAUGAUAAUUAUGAGGGGGAAAUAAUUCCAGACUCUAUUUGCUUCCCAAAACUAAAAACACUCUCCAUAAGCUGGUGUGGGAAACUGGAAUAUGUCUUUCCUGUGUCUAUGGCUCGAAGGCUUCUGAACCUGGAAGAGAUACAGAUUGAAGGUGGCUCUAAAUUAAAGCAAAUAUUUGGCAGUGGAGAAGGAGAAGAUGUACCCACAACAGAUGGAGAUGGCAUCAUCGUGUUUCCUCAACUAAGAAAGUUGGAGCUUUCUAGAUCAAAUCUCAACUUUUUUGGUUCAAACAAUUUUGCUGCCGAAUUGCCUUCUUUGCAAGAUCUACAAAUUGAGGGCCACAAGCAAUUGGAAUGUUUAUUGUUUGCUAAGCCAGAGGGCUUAACAAAUUUGAGAAAUUUAAUUAUUAAAGAUUGUGAAGGAGUAGAAGAGCUAAUGCAGGUUAGAAGUUUUGUCACUAAUAGAACAGGUGGGCGUGAACUUUCACUCUUGAGUUUGGAAACAUUAAAGUUGAGCUCUCUGCCUGACUUGAGGAGUAUAUGCAAGGGUCUCGGACUGAAAAAUUUGACUACUUUGGAGGUGAUUAAUUGUAAGGGACUGAGACAUUUAUUCCCAUCCAGCAUGAUUGCCAGUCUGCUUCAACUGAAAGUUCUAAAGAUAUCAGGGUGUGAGGAAUUGGAGGAAAUCAUUGCCAAGGAUGAUGAUGACAAGGAUGAGAUAUUGUCAGAAACUCAUCUCCAAUCUUUAUGCUUCCCCAGUUUGUGUCAAAUUGAGGUCAGAGAAUGCGACAAGUUGAAGAGUCUCUUUCCAGUCAUCACCGCGGCAGGAUUUCCACAACUAAAAUGUCUCAAAGUAAGAGACGCUCCUCAAUUGACGAAAGUAUUUGGAAAGGAUGAUAAAGCCUCAUAUGUCAAUGUUGAGAAAGAGAUUGUGGUCCCUAAUCUGCUGGAGUUGUCGCUAAAAAAUUUACCAAGCAUCGUCUGUUUCGGCCUUGGAUGUAAAAAUUUCUUAUUCCCACGUCUUGAAGAGUGUGUGGUGGGAAAUUGUCCUAAGAUGGCAACACAAUUCACUCUUACGCAAAAUGGUUCAGUGAGUGCUCAAUCAGAGGUUCCGCUCUUUGAGUUUAUUUUUGGCCAAUCUCUCCUAUCUUCAGUCCCAAUUUUUGUUUCUUGGUAUCUCAGGUUGCUGAGGCUUCAAGCAGUAGUUGUCCCAUGCCAAGCAGCACUUACAAAGUGUGGACGAGAUAUGGUGGGUGGAAAGAACAAGAUUCUGAUCGUGGGAGCUAGUGGUGGAUGUGACACUGAAUCGGAUGAUUACUCUUGCCAUCAGAGUUUAAAAAAUAUGCUAAUAGUUGAUUACAGCCCAAAAGUUGGUUCUGAUCCUGCUCAUAACUUUCAAUUGGUGGAAAUAAUAUCAAUUAAUUGUUCCAUUUGCAAUGGGAUACAGUUUGGCUUCGCAUUGUGA